AUUAAUGCAUGGGGGGACAAUUAUUGCAGGUGGUAAGAGUAAGGAAUUCCGCCACUAAACGGUCGAGUGGGGUUCCCCUAAUUUAAUCAAUAUCAAACCCAGCCCUACUAAAGUCUUGUCGAAACCUUAGCCGAAGCUUGGUUCUUGAACGUUAUGUCUUCACCGUCGUCCCCUCCUGCGCCUAACUAGCGACAUAUUUGUCGCUUGCGAAAAAAAAAAAUGAGCUCUUUUUCUUUUGCCUGCUGCACGGGUGGGGGACGCUUCCUCAGUUUGCCAGGCAAUGCAUGCCCUAUGCGAGUACUAGAUUUCAUUCUGGACCAGUAACAAAUCGUAACAGCCCUAUUGGGCGCCGUAGGAGCUGGUCUCCUGACAAGCCACUCAGAUUGGUUCCACUUAGUCAUAUCUCCUCAUGGAGUAGCCGGUAUGGUGCCCCUUUUAGGAAAUGGUUAUAUCAGAUUACUCGUCCAACUCCAGCAUCCCCCUCAUGAGGGGUUUUUCUUUUAGUUUUGACUGUGGUAGCAAUAUCGCCUUGGAAUGAGGGGAUCUUCAUGUAGCACCCUGCAAGUUCCAGGGAUAUAAAGCCAGUCAAAGCAUCCGUCCUGCUCUUCCAUCAACAGCGCCUCUCAACCCUCGACUGGCAAUACUUUGGCUUUUCAAUAUGAAAUCCUUCCUUUACUAUACCGGCUGCUUCAUUGCUAUCCUUGGUACCGUCCAUGGUGCCCCUGCUGCUAGGGACUCCAUCCGGGACUCCGGGAAUCCCCCAUUGAGAGGCUCUGAGAAUCUUCUGGGUUAUUCUUCUGACAAUAAAUUAUCCGACCAUUCCACGGAAGAGGUCAAGUACACCCUUCUUCCUGCGCAGAAGGAGGAUCCGAAGAUAGGGUCAUAUCUGGACUUCGAGAAGGUCGACAAUCCGCAGCCCAUUCGCGGCGAUCUUGGAGCGUCCGACCCUGGCCCUCGCAACUACAACUAUGACCGAAUUAAUAGCGAUAAGCUAGCUCCCCCGGGUACAGAUAAGGGACAGACAAUCAAUGCUCAAUGGCCAAUGGGCUCACUAAGAGACAGAUACGGCUCGGAGAACUCGGGAUGGGCUCGUCAAGAAAACACCGUCGUCAUGCCCGACGCUACCAAGAUGGCCGGUGUCGACAUGCGCUUGGAAGCUGGGGCGUAUCGUGAACUGCACUGGCACGUUGCCGGCGAGUGGUCUUUGGUGCUUAAUGGGUCAUGUCGCAUUCAGGCGGUUAAUGAGAACGGCGAAACCUUUGUCGACGACGUGACAGAAGGUGAUGUGUGGUUCUUCCCUCCUGGUGUCCCUCAUUCCAUCCAAGCCCUAGAUGCAGGAGUAGAGUUCCUCCUCGUCUUCGACGACGGAGAUUUCUCCGAAGACAACACCUUCCUCGCGUCCCAAGUCUUCAGUCACAACCCUAGAUCCGUCCUGGCGAAGAACUUCGACCUCCCCAUCUCCGCCUUUAACGACAUCCCAGAGGAUGAACUGUACAUCUUCCCCGGCACAAAAGCCCCGAAGGACAUCGAGGAGCAAAACGUAACAACAGCCGCCGGCAUCGUGCCGCUAAGCCAAAGCUACUCAUACCACUUCUCCGAACAACCAGCCCAUGAAGUCGCCGGCGGUUCCGUGAAAAUCGUCGACCCCGUCACCUUCCCCAUCGCCACCAACUUCGCCGCCGCCAUUGUGACCGUGAAACCCGGCGGCAUGCGUGAGAUCCACUGGCACCCGACCAGUGACGAGUGGACGUUUUUCAUCAAGGGCAAGGCUCGCGCGACGUUGUUCACAGCGCCCACAACAGCGACCACGUUCGAUUACCGCGCUGGUGACGUGGGCUACUUCCCGCAGUCAAAUAGUCAUUAUAUCGAGAAUACGGGUGAUGAGGAUUUGAUGUUUUUGGAAGUUUUGCAGACGGAUAAGUUUACUGAUAUUGCUCUCGGUCAAUGGAUCGGAUCCACUCCGAAGCAAAUCGUGGCUGAUACAUUGAAGCUGCCUGAGAGUGCUCUGAGUAAGCUGAAGACGGAGAAACAGUAUGUCGUUGCCGGAUCGAAUGUGACGGCUGUUGCAAACAGAUGA